AGAAAUCAUUUCUUCUCCUUGUUGUAAAAGGAUUUCUUUUGAAAAUCGAAAAAGAGAGUAAAGGGAAAAGGAGAAGCAUCAAAAGCAGAGGCCAUUGCCCCUUUCGUUUCUUUUUCUUCUAUUUUCCUUUGCUCUCCUCAAUCCAAGCUGGUCAGUCUUUCCUGUUCACAUCUCCUUUCAUUUCCCUUCUCAUUUUCCUUCUCCUCUGGAGAUAUUCAAAUUGUAAUUAGCGCAUCACUUUAUCUGAGUUACUGGUUCUCAGAAAGAGAUUGGAAUUGGAAAGAACAUCACGGCGUGAGAGAGAAAUGUGGUCAAAACUGGAAAUUGCAGUUCAAAUGAGAAAAAUCGUGAUCAUAUCAAGCAGAACAUGUUAUAGAUCAGUUUACAAUCAUCCAUUCCUUUUGGGCAUCCUCUGUUUUGUGUUAUUUCUGUACAGAUCUUUUCCUUUUUUAUUUUCCCUUUUGGUCUCUGCAUCCCCUGUUUUGUUCUGCACUGCCGUACUUCUUGGGACACUUUUGAGUUUUGGGCAUCCAAACAUUGUACCCGAAAUCGAAAAAGAUGAUGAUAGGGUUAGCCAUUCCCAUGAUGUCGCUUCUCUUAAGGCCAGGGUUUCGAGGGAUACCACUGUUGUUGUCGAUGAUGAGAGAGACGAGAGCUUUCUUGUAGAAAGAUAUACAAGAAAGGGAAGUGACAUAGUAGAGGAGGCUAUUGAGGGUCCUAGUUCCGCAGAAGAUAAAGUCGGGAAGGUUGAUACAUUUGAUGGUCUGGAUGAUUGCGUGGCAGUGAUUGCUCAUAGUUCCCGGGAAAUUCAGUUAGAGAAGGAUAUUGAAGGGGCUAGUUCGGUGGAAGAUAAAGUUGGGAAGGUUGGGAUAGAUGAUGGCCUGGUUGAUUAUAGGCCACUGAAUGAUCAUAGUUCCCGGGAAAUUCAGUUAGAGAGGCGAGUAACUGGGGAAGUCGAGGGAAAGUUUAACGGUUUGGAGUUGGAAAAGAAGGGUGACUUUCACGAGGAGAACUUGGGGAUUGAAUGCAUGUUAAAUGAUGGGGAAGCUCUCGAGAAUCAAUGUUUUGUGGUUCACAAAGUGGGAGACGAGAUUCUUGAAGUGGAAGAUAAUGUUGAGCGCCCGGGAGAGUUGGCCGAUGCUCAUAGUGGAGAUCACUUCGAUUUAUUUCCUAAUGAUGAUGAGGAUGGUGGUGAUGAGUCUUCGGACCAAGGGUCUGAUCUGGCAGAGAGUUCCUCACCGGAUGCUUCAAUGGCCGACAUCUUUCCAAUCCUUGAGGAGCUUCACCCACUUCUGGAUCCAAAAGCUCCACAGCCUGCUCAUAUGUCCCAUGAUGAUGAGUCAGAUGCUGCUUCAGAACGCUCUUGUAAAAGUAACAAUGCCAGCGUUGAGUCAGAUGAAGAAUCGGAAAUUCAUGGAGACGAAGAAGACGGCGUUGAUGAAAAUGAAGAUGACGAGGAAGAAGCACAGGGAGGCAAGGAGGAUGAAAGUAAAUCGGCAAUUAAGUGGACAGAGGAUGACCAAAAGAAUCUCAUGGAUUUGGGGACUUCCGAGCUGGAGAGGAACCAGCGCCUGGAGAAUCUCAUUGCAAGGAGGAGAGCACGGAAAAACAUGAGAUUGAUGGCUGAGAAGAAUUUGAUAGACUUAGAUGGCGCUGAUCUCUUCUUUAAUGUUCCACCCAUUUCAACGGCAAGACAUAAUCCUUUUGAUCUCCCUUAUGAUCCCUAUGAUCCACCUGGUUCGGCACCAUCUAUAUUGUUGCCAAUACGAAACCCUUUUGAUCUUCCUUAUGACCCAAAUGAAGAAAAACCUGAUCUCAAGGGAGACAAUUUUCAGCAAGAGUUUACGACAUUUCAGCAGAAAGAUACAUUAUUCCGUAGGCAUGAAAGUUUCAGUAUUGGACCAUCUGGCCUAGGGGGUCCCAGGCAAGAGAGGAAUGCUAUUAGGUUCAGACCCUUUUUUGUGCCAGAACGCUUCACUUCAGAGGGGACAAGCUAUUCCUCAUUCGAGAGACAGUCAAGUGAAGUUAGUGAAUCAAAGUUGAGCUCUAUUCCUGAUACUGAAUCAAUGAGUUCUGCUGCUGAAAGAGAUGACAAGAAGCCCAAUGAACUAGAUCUUUGUCAAGAAACAAAACUUAUCUCCAGCAUAGACCAUGCUUCUGAUAUUGUUGAACGUGGAAGUGGAUUCCAUGAAAAUAUUGAUUCAGUGGAGAUGGAACAAGUUGAGAGGAGGGAUGUUUGCCAUGAUGAGGUUGAGAUCACACUGGGGCAAGUGGGAAAUCAUGCUGAGAUGGAUUCUGGCUUGUCCGCAACAGGAGGCGUGGCUAUUCCUCUGGAACUUAGAACUAGCGAAAUUCAUCUCGAAACACAACAUUUUAUUCAUGAUGAUGAGGUUGAGAUAACAUUGGGGCAAGUGGGAAAUCAAGCUGAAAUGGAUUCCGGGUUGUCUGAAACUGGAGGGGUGGCUAUUCCUCUGGAACUUAGUACUAGUGAAAUUCAUUUAAAAAUGGAACCUGUUGAAGACGAGUACAGCAGUAGAUCAAGUUUGUCAUCGUUAUCAGAAAUAGAUGGGAGAGUACCGUAUGCUACAAAAGAAGAAACGGUGAGUUUGGAACCAAGAGCCAAUGACCUUGAUGAAUCUAGAAGUGCAAUCCUACCUUCCCCUAAGGAGCCAGAUUCCCACUUUUUGAGUGGGUGGGUGGAUGAAAAUCAACAUGAACCUGUUUAUGAUUCAAGCCCCCCGGAAUGUGAAAAGAUCCUCUCCCAUCCCUCCAUUUCUUCUGACUUGCAAGUAGAGAUAUCCAAAAUGGGUUCACCUCCAGUGUCUGUUGUGACUUCUAUUCCCAUUUCAGAUAAGGAAUCUGAAUUGUACAGUGAGAGAGAAGGGAAGGAUUCUUCUAAUUAUGAAGAACCUCAUGGAUCAUCCUCAGUGAUACAUCCAGAUAAUGAAAUGGAGCCAAGGUUGAGGGAAGUACAGGAGUCUAGUAAGGAUCAUGUUACACAGGUCAAGUCUCCAGGGGUUAACUUGGGUGAUCAAAAUGGGUCUGAAUAUGUGGUUGAACAUGUUUCAGUUACUUCAAGGUCAUCUUAUACUGAUGUUGGAUCGGUUGAGGAAGGUAUAGUAUAUAAGAAAGAUAGCUCAUCUCAUAGACAGGAUCAAGUUAGCUCCUCAAGUAAUGAUUCGGAGAUUAUUUUUGGGAUCCAUCAAGCUGUGCACGAGAAGCCAGAUUCUGAGGCUUCAAGCUAUCAGAUGGCUUCUAAAAAUUUAACUUUGUCUAGAAAAGAGGAACAACAUCCACGGCCUUCAGCGGUGGUCCAGCAUGUGUCAGUGAUAGCUUCAGAAACUGAACCUUUUGAGCGGCAUACCAUCAGUAAGAUAGAAACUUUUCAGCGGGAGCAGGAUCAAGUUUAUUCAUCAAAUUCAUCAGACUUUGGAUCUAUAGGGAAGGGUUUGAUGCACAGCAAUGAGGUUCUUCAGCCCGAACAUGAUCAGGUCCAGUUCUCGAUUGUUGAUGAUGCAGAGAUCGACAAAAGCAGCCACCAAGAUGGGGGCGAAAAGUUGGAUUUGGUGGCUUCGUCUCCUCAACACAUUCCUUCCUCAGAGGAACAACAGCCUCCUCUGGUAACUGAGCAAGUUAUAUUGGUUCUUUCCAAUCAUUCAACUUCUGAAACUGAACAUGGGAAGGACUGGUCCUUGAAUAAGGAGGAAAUCGUUUGCUACGAACAGGAUGAAGUCCACUCAUCAGGUUCUGAUGCAAAAAUUGAUGCUGGUCACCACCGAGAUUUGGAUGUUGAUGUAGUUUCCUUGGGUUAUGCAGAUAAGCCUAUGGUUGAGGCAUCCUUUGAUGACCAUGAUGAAUGCACAGAAUCAUAUGAUAUCCGGACAGAAUCUUCGGAGGUGGUGAAAAUGACCGACAAUGAAGAUGAGCUAAUAGUCCAUGAUCCCGAGUGCAAAAUUAGGCCAAAUUUGUCUUCCUCGGCUUCUGUUUCCACCCAAAUUGAUAUCACAGAUGGUCCUGAAUAUAAAUUACCCUCCAGUGGACUCUAUUUGAAAGCUGAUGUCCUUGGGGGAAUUGUUGAUAAGGACCAAACAAAGGUCUCAGAAGACUUCAGCUAUCCAGCAGAAGCUUAUGGCUCUUCCCAUGCCGAGCAAAAUGUCAACGAAGUUGAUGAAAUAAAAGAAAUUGAUGAAGGAUUGCUGUCAGAGUUGGAUGCAGUUGGCGACUUUUGUGUUAAAGAAGUUGUUGAGAGUACUGAAUUUGAGUUGUUGCCCAAAGAUUCAAACCCACCGAAGACUGAGAUGGGCCUCCCAGUUCUUGAAGCAAGAUCACUUGAAGAUAUUAACUUGGCUUUUAAGCAACUUCGUGAAGGAGUAGACGCUGAGGAAGUCAUCCUCCCCGGUGUGGUUGAUGAUUGGCUAGUUGUGGGAGAAUCCAAGGAUCAUGUCGAAUCCAAUUCGAGCUUGAAAACAGUUGAUGCAAAAUCUCUGGAGGAUAUUCAUGUUGCUCUCAAGCAAGUCUCACAGGAUAAUGUUCAUGAGCUGCCACAAGCGUUGGGUCCAAAGGAUUCGGCAGCGGUAGAAACAUCUCAAGUGGCUUCUGCCGAGGAGAUUGAAUCAACUGAUAUGGGGUCUGGUGUCCAAGAAAGUAGCACAGUGGCUGGUGAUAAACCAGAACAAGGAUGUUAUGAAACAUCUGAGAUUCUCAGUUUGAGCAUAUCCGAUAGAUUGGAUAUAAAAAGUAAGGAAGAAAAAUCCCAUGGUGCCAGCUCCAGCUCCAGCUCCAGCAAUUCUGAUUGAAAAUGAGGACUCAAGAAGAGAGACAGUGACAGUUUCUCGAUUCUUUCUCGUGGUUUCUUUCUGGGAUAAUGGGCCUUUGAUUGCCUAGUUUGAUGCCAUCCUGGUUUGAUCAAUGGUUGUCGCCUUGAAGAAUGUGUUUUGGUCUGGAUUCUUCGGAGUGUGAGAGUUUCUUUGUGUAUUGUACCUUUUUGAGAGCGAGUAAUUUGAGGCUUAUUGGGAGUUUUGUUUUUUUUUUUUAUUAAAAAAAAAAAGUUGCAUGCAGUAAAUUAUAUUUUUGGUUUUUUA